UUUGUUCUUUCCCACUACAAAUCUUCCCUUCAACCAGAAUCUCUCUCUCCUAAAGCCAUGGAUGGAUCGACAUCAGCCCGUUCUCUCCGACCUUGAGAGUGCACUCAGUGGAGGAAUCAAUCGAAAAGCGGUGGCUCUCUCUGCACGAGAGAGAGAGAGUAUAUUUAUGCGCGGCUACUGCAAAAUGAAAGUCAAAGGGGAAAGGGAAAAAGUGCCCUAACGAGGGAGGCGUUCCAUUACCAUGUCGAAGAUGAAAUAUUUUCUCAGGAAAUUGCGCAUAGGAGGUAGUGGAGAUGGGAGCGUUAAUAAUAACAGAGGAACCACCUCUUCUUCUUCUGCUGCUUCUUCUUCGUUAGAAUUGAGAUCUCAACCUGAGGCAUCCAUUUCUUCUUCUUCUCCGGCAACUUUGCACAGUGAUAGAAUAUCGGAGGAAGCGGGUGUUGAUUACAAUUUGGUGGAGGAGGAGUAUCAGGUUCAGCUUGCUCUAGCCAUCAGCGCUUCUGACCCUGGUGCUGGUGAUGAUCCCGACUCAUUGCAGAUCAAGGCUGCUAAGAGAAUUAGCAUGGGGUUCUGCCCUUCUCCUGGCAAUUCCUUUGCCGAGCUCCUAUCCCAUCGUUACUGGACCUAUAAUGUUGUUAAUUAUGAUGAGAAGGUGAUGGAUGGUUUCUAUGAUGUAUAUGGAAUAUUCUUUAGUCACACAGUGCAUGGGAAGAUGCCUUCGCUGAUGGAGCUUCAAGCAACAUCUAUUACAGAUAAUGUGGAUUAUGAAGUAGUUUUAGUUAAUCGAGCUGUGGACCCCGCACUGGAACAGCUAGAGAAAAAAGCAACUUGUAUUGCAUCAGAAUGUAGAGCCACUGAGCGUGGUCCAUUAGAUAGUGGUCUGGUUCAAAAACUUGCUGAUCUUGUUGCUGACAGAAUGGGUGGUCAAGUUUGUGAUUCAGAUGAUAUGUUAAGAAGGUGGACAAUCAAGAGUUAUGAACUACGAACUUCAUUAAACACCAUCAUUUUCCCUCUAGGUAUCCUGGAAUUUGGUUUGUCUCGCCAUAGGGCCUUACUUUUUAAGGUACUGGCUGAUAAGAUUAACCUGCCUUGCAGGCUGAUGAAAGGAAGCUAUUAUACUGGUACCGAUGAAGGAGCUGUGAACAUGAUUAGAAUCAAUCAUGAAUGUGAGUUCUUAAUUGAUCUUAUGGCGGCUCCGGGGACAUUGAUUCCCACAGAAAUUCCUGGUACACAUUGUCAACAAUACCAACUUGAUGAUGGGCGCAUUAAUGCCAUUGGAAUGAUUGCUGAGGAAUUACAUUCCCUUGAUACUCAUGUUGACCUUGACAAUGGGAGUAAAAAUGAGAGGUCUCAUGCAGAUACAGUUGAUAAAAUAUUUGAUUCAAGGGUUAAUAGUUCUAAUUGUCUGGAACCAGAAAGCUUUGGAUCUCGGAGGAAUGAUAUAAAUCUUACUGAUAAAAAUAAGAAAGAGAGAUUUGAGCGUGAAUUUGGAAUGCUUCUUCCUUCAUUGCGUAAGCUGGGUGGAGGUCCAUCAGCUAAUAGUGGGGCAAUCUCAUUCGCUCAGAAGAUGAAGGUCAAGGAUGUCUCGAAAUAUGUCAUCAGUGCGGCACAACACCCAGAAUUUGCUCAUAAAUUGCAUGCAGUUUUGCUGGAGAGUGGUGCACAACCUCCUCCGGAUAUUUUUUCUGAUAUAAAGCCUUUCCAGAAAUUUCGAGAGCUGAGUCCUUGCAAACAAGUGGACUUUGCUAAAGAUAUUGGAAGGAAAGAUCCAGGUCAGGACAAACAUCAUCUACCUGUUGGUUCUAAUAUAGGGACAUCAGCCACUAAUUCUUCUUCAUUGCCGGUUCCAAGCCCAAAAAGUGCUAAGCUUUGUGAUCCAGUCAUUGCAACUGAGAAUGCUACAAAUGAAUAUGUCCUGAAUGAUGCGGCGGCUAAACAGAAUGCCACAUCUCUUGAUUCGUCUCAUUUGUCGUCAACAAAUUUGUAUGGUGGUGAGCUUCGUGGACCUUCUUUAGAUUUGGGUAAACGUUUGGUGCCGCAUGUUGCUAAAUCAUCUCAGCAGCAUUCUGAAAUGGCUAUAUUUGGAGCCAAUACAAACUGCUAUAAAGAAGUCCAAGUUGUGAGAGGAAAAGAAAAAAUUGAAGAAAUUUUAGGUAUAGACACUGACUAUGGUAAAGAAGUUGCCAAGGAGCCUUUGGGUAAUAAGGAAGAAACUCUAAACAGUAAAGCACUGCUUACCAGUAAUUAUAAUGAAAUUAUGAACCCAAUGCUGGAUGGUGUUGCAGAAUGGGAAAUACGCUGGGAAGAUCUUCAGAUUGGAGAACGGAUUGGCCUUGGGUCAUAUGGGGAGGUUUAUCAUGCAGAUUGGAAUGGCACUGAGGUUGCUGUGAAGAAAUUCUUGGAUCAGGACAUCUCAGGAUAUGCAUUGGAGCAGUUCAGAUAUGAAGUAAACAUCAUGCUACGAUUACGCCAUCCAAAUGUGGUACUCUUCAUGGGAGCUGUUACGUGUCCUCCUAAUUUAUCAAUUUUAACGGGAUUCCUUCCAAGAGGGAGUUUAUACAGGCUAUUACAUCAUCCAAAUGUUCAAAUCGAUGAGAAACGUCGUUUGAGAAUGGCUUUGGAUGUGGCAAAGGGAAUGAACUACUUGCAUACAAGCCAUCCCACCAUUGUUCAUCGCGAUCUGAAAUCCCUCAAUCUUCUUGUUGAUAAAAAUUGGGUGGUGAAGGUAUGUGAUUUUGGCUUCUCACGUCUCAAGCAUCACACAUUUCUCUCUGCAAACUCUACAGCAGGAACACCGGAGUGGAUGGCGCCUGAAGUACUACGAAAUGAACCGUCCAAUGAGAAAUGUGAUGUUUAUAGCUUUGGUGUAAUUUUAUGGGAGUUGGCUACAACGUGUAUGCCUUGGAGUGGGAUGAACGCAAUGCAGGUUGUUGGUGCUGUUGGAUUUCAGAAUAGGCACCUCGAUAUCCCAAAAGAAGUUGACCCAAAGGUUGCCCAAAUAAUAUUUGACUGUUGGCAAAGUGAUCCAGCUCUGCGGCCGUCUUUUGGGCAGCUUAUUGCUCAUCUCAAACAGCUGCAACGAUUAAAUGUAGAUUAAAUGUAUGCACGCAUGAGAAAAUUUCAAGGUUCAGUCCUCUUAAGCAAAAGGGAAACAAAUCUGUUGCUGUGAUUUUCGCUAAACUUUUGUGUCUUGCCAACAUAACAGUUGCAGAAUGGACUGCAUGAAGAGGGGAAUCAAAGGGGUUCAUCAUGUCCUUUUCAUUUGUUGAUCUUUUUUGGUUUUUGAUCGCCUGAAGUUUGGAGGCCAAGGAAGAGUGGAAACUGCCGAUCCUGCAAAGGAGGUCCAAAUACUUGAAAUGUUCGUUUUCUAUCCAUUUUCUCGUCUGUGCGAAGUGCAGUGCGAGCGACAGCUGUUUUUCUUUUGUUGGGUGUUGAAUAACAGAUGAUUUGUGAAUAACAGAAACUUAAUUAUCUAUUUAUAUCUGGGUGCGGUGGAGGCUUGGGGCCUUGGAAUACAGUGAGAUGUAUAUUCGAGAAAAGAGAGAAAUGGGCAAGUGCAUAUCUGUAAUUUCUGUGCAA